AUGAGAAAAUGUCCAAAAACUAUUUUGACGAGCAUUGUCUUCGAUGAUGACACACAUUCAAGCUCUAGCUCUGAUGAGUCUUCAUAUUCAUCUGGGCAUCAUGGGGGUCAUGGAAGUCAUGGGCAUCAUGGAAAUCAUGGAAAUCAUGGAAAUCAUGGAAAUCAUGGAAAUCAUGGAGGAAGACCUCCAAGACCUCCUCCAAGGCCAACGUCGAAAUGCGAAGACGGAUGGACAAGAGUCAAAAGACAAGGUGGUGGAUGGUGUGUGAAGAUUUUCGAAGGUCAGACCAAUCAACCACAAUCAGAAGCAAUUUGCAAUUCAAAUGGAGCAACAUUAUCUGGAGUCGAAAGUCAAGAGGAACGACAAACUGUAGCAGAAUUGGGGAGGACAUAUAUGACAACAAGGACAGCUUGGAAGCAAGGAUCAUUGAGAUUUGGCAUUCAGCGAGGGGAUGUUAACAGUCCAUUCUUUGCGACUGAUGGCUUUUCGAAUGGUGUAGCUGGGAUUACUUGGACGGGGGGAGAACCAAGAACUGGAGAGCCACGAUUUGGUUGGUAUACUUGUGUUCUCAUGUGGUUACAAGUACCAGGAGGAGGUCCAGUUGAACAGAGACGAGACGCAGAGUUCUUUUCAAAAGUUUGCCAUCAGACAUGGAGCGGAGCAUUCAGAGGAUUCGUUUGUGGAAAAAAGGCCAAAUAA